AUGUCUGAGAAGCAGCCCCCCACCGUCGUCGAGGGUGCCACCGCCGGCGAUGUCGAGGAGGAGGUCCAGCCCGCAAAGUCAGCCGAGGACCGCAAGGCGGCGUCCGCCCUCGCCAGCCUCGAUGCCGGCGGCGACGAUUCGGGAAGCGGCCAGGUCGAUGUCGAUGCCGCCCAGAAGGCGAUCAAGGGUCUUGGUGGCGCCACCGCUGCCAAGAAGGAGGUGAAGAACGUUAAGGUCGAUGCCGCCGAUGUUGCCCUGCUGGUUGACGAAUUGGAGCUCACCAAGCCCAAGGCGACGGAGCUGCUCAAGGCCAACGACGGAGACGCUGUCAAGGCGAUGAAAGCAUCAGAUGACCAAAGUCUCGAGCUUCAAAUAGAAUUGGACGCCCUUCCUCUCAAGUGGACUGCAUGGGACAUCCCUCGUUUCUACCAAGACUGCGUGCUCAGCGUGAUUCGAUUUGAACCAGACUACGCCCUUGACGGCUUUAACACCUCGAUGAACUCUCCCCUCGUCCUGGGCAUGAUAUCCUCCAUCUUGACGCACUUCGGCUCCCACAAAUCCGUCUCAUCGCCCAUCCAUAUCGGACUCCGCCCCGGCAUCCCACGCCCAGGCGGCCCGGUAUGGUUCCCACCGUACCCAGGUCCCCGACCCCGAUACGGCGGCGGCGGCGGCCGACCAUAUCCAGGCUCCGUCCCGUUCCCUGAUCCACCCUCCGGCGGUGGCCUCGGUCUCCUGCCACCCCACAUGGACCUCAACAACGGCCACAUGGGGAUAUAG